AUGGCCAACGGGAACGACACCGCCUGCUGGCAGCUGGUGCGCAGGCUGUGGGCGUUGGCGGCCAUCAGGACUGCGCUGGUGGCUGCGGCUGUGGGAGUGACACUGGCAAAGACCAUAGACUACUGCAGAGUCUGCCAGGACCACACCAUGUGCCGCUUCAAGGGCAUGAGCCAGUCGUGCAAGUCCCGCAUGCUGAGCCGCGGCCUGCGGAAGGGCGACAUCCAGCUGAUCCUGUACCUGCACAACCAGCUGCGCUCCAGGGUCGCGCUCGGCCGUGAGUUCCGCGGCAACCAGCCGCCCGCCGCCGACAUGCGCAAGCUGGUGUGGGACCCCGAGCUGGCGACGAUAGCGCAGCGUUGGGUGGACCAGUGCACGUACGCCCACGACGCCUGUAGGGAUCUCCCGGCUUUCCAAGUGGGACAGAACCUGUUCGUUAUUUACGGCACCGAGCACGACAUCAAAGCAAACUGGAGCUCAACCGUCUUCAGCUGGUACAACGAGGUGGAAAUAUUUGACGCCAGCAACGUGAAACAAUUCAGGUCGCUGGGGAAGACGAGCCACUACACGCAGAUGGUGGCGGCUGUGACGCGGACGCUGGGUUGCGGGUACGCCGCGUGGCGGGAGGGGGAGGCGCAGCCGGUGACGUCAAUGUACGCCUGCAACUACGGGCCGUCCGGCAACCGCUUCGCGCGCCCCCUGUACCUGGAGGGCCGGGCUUGCAGCCAGUGCCCGCCGGCGCACAGCUGCGUCCCCUCCCUGGGGCUCUGCCAGAGCGACUCCGGGCCCUCUCGUGGCGGCUAG